UGGUAUAAAACUGGGUACAUUAUCCCACAAGAUUUAGCUAAAAUGAAAGAUGGGUUAAUUGCUCAUCAUAAUGAAUAUUAGGUAAAAAACAAGAAGAAGAAUUUAACCGAUACAAGUUUAUUUUUAUUUUAUUAAACAAAAUAAUGGAACAAAAAGUAAAAAUUAAAAAACAUAAUAAGGAAGAGAAUUUAGAACAAUUCACUAAAGAGGAACUUAUAUCUAAAAUAAAAUCUCUUACCGCACACAAUAUCCAAUUGAAAAAUUUACUAGCUAAACAAACGUCACCGGAAAAAAUUGCAAAGCAAUCAAAAGCUUUUGAUUUUUCGAAGUAUCAAUUUCAACAUGUUUUCCUACAUUUAUUAUAUUUAGGUUGGGAUUACAAAGGAUUUGUAGUUCAAGAAGAUACAACAGAUACAGUUGAACACCACUUAUUCGAGGCACUUAUGAAAACUAAGCUAAUACAGGAUAGGACUAGUUCAAAUUACCACAGAUGCGGGCGUACAGACAAAGGUGUUAGUUCGUUUGGACAAGUCAUAUCAAUAGAUUUACGAACCAAUAUGUUGAAAAACGAUCAAAAAGAACUCUUGGAGGAUUCAAAUAAAUCGAAGAAUCAAUUGAAUUAUUGUAAAAUCUUGAAUAAAGUGUUGCCUAGUAACAUACAGUGUGUUGGAUGGAGUCUUGUGGGGGAAAGUUCAAGUGCGAGAUUCGACUGUUUAUCCAGGACGUAUAAAUAUUAUUUUCCCAAAGGAAAACUUAACAUUCAGAAAAUGCGUUUUGCAUCUGAAAAAUUGUUGGGUACACACGAUUUUAGAAAUCUAUGUAAAAUGGACGUUGGAAAUGGAGUUGUAGAUUUCAAAAGAAAUAUCACGGAAAUGAAAAUUGAACCCAUUGAUAAACAACAAAAUUUAUAUGCCAUGUAUGUGAUAACGAUCAAAGCUAAAGCGUUUUUAUGGCAUCAAAUUAGAUGCAUCAUGGGUAUUUUAUUUUUGAUGGGACAAGAAAAUGAAGAACCUGAAGUUAUUGACGAAUUAUUCAACAUAGAAAAGUAUCCUAGAAAACCGGAAUACAGUAUGGGAAGUGAGAUACCGUUGAAUUUACAUUAUUGUGAAUACGAAAAUUUAAAUUGGAAUUAUGAUACGCAAAUUUUAGAUGAAAUAACAGAAAAGUUGAAUCAUUUCUGGACUUUUUAUGCUGUUAAAAAAGAAAUGGUUCGAGAUAUGAUAAAAGCUAUUGAAAAUAUAAAGAUUUCGAAAAAACUACCAGUUGUUGAAACUAAAUGUUUAAGUGAACAUCUAGUACAACAUUUAAAAACCAAAAAUUAUGUACCAUUAUUAAAACGACAAACUUGCGAUAGUCUUGAAGAUAAAAUCGAACAUUAUAUGAAAAGAAAAAGAAUUGAACUUAUUGAUGAAAAUAAAUAAACGAAUAAUCCAGAUUUUGC